CAACGUUGUAACAAGUGUGAAAUCUAACUAAAACUAACUUAACUCUGGUCAUCUUUAAAAAAAAUACUAGCUUCACAAAAUAUUUGAAUGGGAAUCAACGCAGAGUCCUGAGAAGAAUAGCUUUGUGUGUGUGUGUGUGUGUGUGUGUGUGUGUGUGUGUGUGCGUGUGUGCGCGCGCGCGCGUGUGUUUCCUGCUCUGCUCGGUGUCCUCUCACCGUCCAUCUCGUCAGUGUUGAUCGGCUCGCUAUGGCGGAAGGACGCAGAGAACAGUCGCCUCAUCGCCUCUUCUCCACACCACCGGCCAGCAAGCGACCCUGCCUGCGCCCUGCUCCCCGGGGUCCCGGUCCGGGGUCGGGCCACAGCAGCGGCUUGCCCAGCUCCCGGUACCGUUCCCCGGAGUCUUUACUGGACUGCGCCGCGAAGGCAGUAGCGGAGAAGUGGGCCUUCGAAAGAGUGGAGGAGCGCUUUGAGCGGAUCCCGGAGCCCGUGCAGCGCCGCAUCGUUUACUGGUCUUUCCCCCGCAACGAAAAGGAGAUAUGCAUGUACUCAUCGUUUCAGUGCCGAGUUGCUGGCGAGGAGGGUCCGUCGGCGACUAUCGGCGGUUCUGGCUCCGGAGCUACGACCGCUGCCGCAGCCGCCGCUGCUGGUGGAGGAUCUACCGCCGCUACGACUCCGGCUACCGCGGCAGCAGCCGGAGUGGUGGGCACCGGAGAUGGACUGCCAUUUCGCCGCGGAAUCCGGCUGCUUGAGACUGGCUGUGUGGAAAACGUUUUACAAGUCGGGUUUCACCUCAGCGGCACGGUCACUGAACCCACCACGUCGUCAGAGCCAGCGGUCACACACAAGGUGGCCAUCAGCUUCGACCGCUGCAAGAUCACUUCGGUCACCUGUGGAUGUGGGAACAGGGAUAUUUUCUACUGUGCACACGUGGUGGCACUGUCUCUGUACCGGAUUCGCAAGCCUGAACAGGUGAAGCUGCGGCUGCCCAUCUCAGAGACAUUGUUCCAGAUGAACAGAGAUCAGCUGCAGAAGCUGGUCCAGUAUCUGAUCACAGCUCACCACACCGAGGUGCUGCCCACUGCUCAGAAACUGGCCGACGAGAUCCUGUCCUCCAACUCCGAGAUCAACCAGGUCCAUGGUGCACCAGACCCAACUGCAGGCGCCAGCAUUGAUGAUGACAACUGUUGGCAUCUGAACGAAGAUCAAGUCAGGGAGCAGGUCAAAGAGUUUCUAUCACAGGGAGGAUACUAUGGCUCUGGGAAACAGCUCAACUCCAUGUUUGCCAAGGUGCGGGAGAUGCUUCGAAUGAGAGACUCCAACGGCGCCCGGAUGCUGACGCUCAUCACGGAACAGUUUAUGGCGGACCCUCGGCUGUCGCUAUGGAGACAACAGGGCACAGGCAUGACUGACAAGUGUCGGCAGCUCUGGGAUGAACUGGGUGCAUUGUGGGUGUGCGUGGUUCUAAACCCCCACUGCAAAAGCGAAGAGAAGACCUGCUGGUUGAAGCAGCUGAAGAAAUGGGGAGACAUGGACAUUUGCCCGCUGGAGGACGGCAACUAUGGCAGCGAGCUGCCCAACAUCACUAACGCUCUGCCGCAGAGCAACCUUGCCCAGGACUCUCUGGCCAGACCUAGAAGGACAGUGUUCAGCAGAGCUGUCGAGGCCUGUGACCUGCACUGGCAGGACAGUCACCUGCAGAGGAUCAUCAGCAGCGACUUCUACAUGUCUCCGUCCUACCAGAGAGAAGGAGAGAGUCUGCUCUUCAAUCCACAGGGUCUGCCUCUCUGGCUCGACCACGUCCCAACAGCGUGUGCUCGAGUCGACGCCUUGCGCUCCCACGGUUACUCCAGGGAAGCCCUGCGUUUGGCCGUGGCCAUCAUCAACACACUCCGCCUCCAACAGCAGAGACAGAUGGACAUCUACAAACACCAAAAGAAAGAGCUUCUACAGAGGGGCGUGACCUCCACCACCAACCUGGAAGGCUGGGUCGGUCACCCGUUAGACCCGAUCGGGUGUCUGUUUGUCACGCUCACUGAAACCUGCCGCGUGGAUGACGACAACAGCAUGGACACUGGAGAAGGAGAACCCAGACCACCAGUCUACCACCACGUACCCGUGUGGGGAAGUCCUGACAGUGGGGAGUCGUACCUGACUCUGGCCAUAGAGGUGGCUCUGAUGGGGAUGGGCCAGCAGAGGAUAAUGCCCGAGGGCCUGUACACUCAGGAUAAGGUGUGUCGCAACGAGGAGCAGAUUGUCGCUAAACUUCAAGAACUAGAGCUGGAUGAUCUCCUGGUGCAGACUCUUCGGAAGCAGGCCAUACAGCUUCUAGAUGCUGGUCCGUUUAGUGGCUUAGGUGAAGUCAUCCACAGAGAGAGUGUUCCCAUGCACACCUUUGCCAAGUACCUCUUCUCCGCACUGCUGCCACAUGACGCAGACCUGGCGUAUAAAGUGGCUCUCCGUGCAAUGAGGCUGCCUGUUUUGGAAUCAUCGGGAGGCUCCGGUGACGUGGGCCACCCUCACCAUGGCAUCUCCAUAGUUCCCAGUAGAUACCCACGCUGGUUCACACUGGGACACCUGGAGUCACAGCAGUGUGAGCUAGCCUCUACCAUGCUAACUGCUGCUAAAGGUGAUAUGUUGAGGUUGCGGACGGUGCUGGAGGCCAUCCAGAAAAAUAUCCACUCUUCUUCCUUAAUUUUCAAACUGGCCCAGGAUGCCUUUAAGAUAGCCACACCGGCAGACAACUCACCUGACAUAACCCUACUCAACGUAGCACUGGAGCUCGGCCUGCAGGUAAUGAGGAUGACUCUGUCCACACUGAACUGGAGGCGGAGAGAGAUGGUUCGCUGGCUGGUCACCUGUGCCACUGAAGUUGGUCUUCGGGCUUUGGUUAGCAUCUUACAGAGCUGGUACACUCUCUUCACACCGACCGAGGCCACCAGCAUUGUGGCCGCCACCGUCAUGUCCCACAACACCAUCCUGCGCCUCAGCCCCGACUACCCUCAACACGAGGAGCUGGCCAGCUGUGCGAGGACCCUUGCCCUCCAGUGUGCCAUGAAGGACCCACAGAACUGUGCCCUGUCUGCUCUGACACUCUGCGAGAAGGACCACAUCGCCUUCGAGACAGCCUACCAGAUCGUGAUCGACGCAGCAUCUACGGGAAUGACAUAUUCUCAGCUCUUCACCAUUGCGAGGUACAUGGAGCACAGAGGAUACCCACUGCGGUCUUUCAAACUGGCCUCCCUCGCCAUGACCCAUCUUAACCUGGCUUACAACCAGGACACUCACCCAGCUAUUAACGAUGUGCUCUGGGCCUGUGCGCUCAGCCACUCUUUGGGUAAAAAUGAGCUUGCAGCCAUUAUUCCCCUAGUGGUAAAGAGUGUGCACUGCGCCACGGUGCUGUCUGACAUACUUAAGCGGUGCACGUUGACAGCACCUGGUCUUGCCGGCAUACCUGGGAGAAGGAACUCCGGGAAGCUGAUGUCAACAGACAAGGCGCCAUUGCGGCAGCUCCUUGACGCCACAAUCUCGGCGUACAUCAACACCACGCACUCUCGACUGACGCACAUCAGUCCGCGGCACUACGGAGAGUUCAUAGAGUUCCUGAGCAAAGCAAGGGUAACUUUCCUGCUGGCACAGGACGGCCACAUUCAGUUCGCCCAGUUCAUAGACAACCUGAAACAGAUCUACAAGGGCAAGAAGAAACUCAUGAUGUUGGUCAGGGAGCGCUUCGGCUGACCUUACACCUCCCUCACAAGAACACAGUCCUUGGGAAGUAGUUAAAUGUAUUUGUUUCUAUUUAAGUUGGUUUUUUUUAGAUCUUUUUUUCACCUUUGUUGAGCCAUUUGUUGACUAAGUCAUAAUUUUUGUUUCUGUUUGGUUGAUUUGUUUCUUGAAUGUGAACCAGGAAGUGUUUGCAGUACACUGCUCGUCUUCAUCGAAACUGCAAAAGGUGUAAAUGGCUCGAAACAUCAAAGAAACAACAGCAAACAAACACGUUCCCCUCUAAUUAAUAUAU